AUGGGCCCCAUAAGAAAAGUUGUGCAGCGCACAAUCUCAUCUGAUAGCACGGCAACUACUCGUUCCGGUGUUAAACGAAGAACUACCAAAUCUGUCGGACGGGGAGCUCGUCGAGUACCUUGGUGUAUCCCUUGGCCCCGUGCCUAUACAGGAUCCGUAGCAGUUCCGAGACGGCGUGAAGGCGGCCGGAAGAAGCCAUCCAUCACCAACAUUGCCCAGUGGUACCUCGAUAGACGCUAUCCCUCCCAAGGACCGACAGGUCUAGUCUAUGCUCUUCAGGAGCUUCCGCCUUCGCACUCCGCCCAAUCGGUGGUUGAUGCUCUUAACGCUGCUCUGGCUGCGCUUGAGCUAGAACCGUCGAAAACAGAGAGCUAUGCAGUUUGGGAUAAUCCGGAAGAGCUCUGGGGUCCUCACAAUACUCAAAUCUGCUCCAGCACCUUGUCUACUGGCCUGGAGAACACGUCAACCACUACUGCUCCCUUACUCGGUCUUUCCACUUUUCCAAAUACAGAUGCAAGCCGUCCUUCACAAGGAAAGGCAUUGUUUCACGAAUCCAUUGUUGAGACAAAGCAUCUUCCGCAGCUUCCAAUCUUUGAGUCAGGCUCCGCAACAGCAGACGAUUUCUUGCCUUCUCAUCCUGCUUGUCCACCAAAUCCUUUUGCACCAGUUUUCCCUGUUUCCACAGAUUUAGAUGUUGAACCCGGCCUUGACCACCUCUCUUCCGUAGCUGAUAGUCGGUAUCCGCCAUUUCGGAACGAUCGGACGCAGUCUCAGCCACAAGUUAGAAGAAAAGUUGGGAUGAGCGAUUUGAAAGCUCGAGCAGCAACACUGCCACAGCUAAGUGUUAAUCCGCCACAACGUACACCCACCUGUCUUCGAGUCGGCAGCCCAAUAACUGGUCCAGUCAUGACACGAAAACCGCUUGCAAAAGAUUCUCUCAAGAUCCGCAUGCCUAAAGAUAGGAAUAAGGAGAAUCUGCCUCGGUCGCUGCAAGCUACAGAUAAUGGUUCGGCCCUUAACCCAGGUCCAGACGCUGGGAAGUGCGUCAUCACCGCUGCUGACGCCGUGAAAGAUGAGUGUAAAUCUCAACUUGAACCCCUUGACUCAGACUUGGGCAGUUUCACCUGUGACUUCCCUCCAAUCGGCUCCCGUGGCCCUUCGCGGGCUCGAAGUGGAGUAGUACGAGGGGGAAAGUUUAAGGAAUCAACGGUCUUUCCCUGGGAAACAGGUUGCUCCUCAUCGGACUCGGCUUCGACCUCACAAACCUCCAUAGCACAAACGAACUGCUAUUCCUGUAGCUCGACGAAAAAGCAUGGCAGUUCGCGGCAUGUCGGUACCACGAAGGACGUCUCACCCCUUUCAAACCCAUCUGAACCCAUGAAAGCUGCACAUGGUGAUUUAGAAAACGUUGCCAUGUCCAACGCCACGCUCAAAGCGCUUUUAGCAACGGAAGGCGACGCCAACCAUUCCCGAAAGGAGAUGGAAGAACGAAUUGCCAGCAAGCGGCUAUCAGAACAUUCUGCUGCCGUGAUUCAAGGCUUCCGGGACUUCACUCACCGCUCCUUCUUUCCUUCGCCAGAGGAUGUACGAUCUCAGUCGGAUGGCACCCUAUGGCCUCGGGCGCCAUCCCAGAAUCGAGCAGCAGACUUGUCGGGUGUACAGGCACGAGCGGCGUCUGAAACGAGUCUUGCCAUUCGAAAGCAGAAAGGUAGGGGUAUCAUUUUUACGGACGAUGGACCUUGGAAGGUUGUUCGAUGA